CAAAAGCAAAAACACCGAAACGGAAAGGUUCUCAAUGAAGCAACGGAAAUUUGCGAACGCAUUUCGAUUGAAGUUGAAUUUGAUCAUCAAAAACGUCGAGCGGCUAGAACAACUGUUACAAAUGCAGAGGAAUUUGAAACAAAAGUUUUCUUACCAAUCAUUGAAUCCGCAACUGAUUCAGUCACUGAUCGUUUCAAAGCACUAAAGCAACACAGCGAAUUAUUCUCGUUUCUUUAUGAUUUUGAAAACUAUGAAGCAAACCGAAACAACGGUAGUUUGCAGAAAUCAUGCAAGAAACUAGAAAUUGCUUUAACUCAUGAUGGAAAAUCCGAUAUCGAUGGUGACGAUUUAUUUGUAGAACUUUCAUUGGUUUCAAGUUUGGUUAAUCAGGAUAAUAUUAUUCACGCAAUCGAUAUACUGAAUUCAAUUCAGAAGCGAAAAAUGGAAAACUUAGUUCCAAAUGCUGUUAUUGCGCUUCGCAUUCUGCUGACGAUCCCAGUUUCUGUUUUAACGGGAGAGCGAUCGUUUUCAAAGCUAAA